UCAUUUGGUUCUGAGUUGGCAGUCUCGCGUUUGAUGGCUCUGUUGCUCUGAACGGAUGCUCAAUUCCCCUCACAUCUCCAUCGACAGCAUUCCGCCGUUCUAACGCCUUCAUGAUGUGACAUAUCGGCUAUUUUAGUAAGACGAUGGAAUUUGGACACCGCGGAGCUGUCAAACUCUCUUUUGAUCGCGUUCGAUGAUCACCAUGGCAAUAAUUACGCGUCAGAAAAACAGCGCGACAUUCGCUGCCUUGUGUCGAGCGCGUGAGGGCGCGCUGUGUGUCAGAUAGUGACCGUCACUAUAGUGCGUGAAUUUGUGGUCCAACGACUCUAGACGAGGAGAUGGGCAGGCGCGCGUGAACACAAGCGUGCGUUUCUGCAUUCGCCCUUCGCGUAGCUGGGCUUUACUGCCAUUUGGGAAAGCGGCACCGGCUGUUGCGCAUCCAGUCGUUGGAAAGCCGGCGUGAAUGGGUGGUUCCGCAUUUUGACGAGGUCCCCCGCCUCGCACAGAGAGAGACCACCCGGAUUCUGCGGAGGAAUGCCUCAACACGGAGAGGAGCGUCUUCAAGUCGCGUCGAUCCAGGUAUUGGGGAAGUGCAGUGAGAGAAUGCAAAGUCAGACUGUGCACGCAUCAGCACAUUAAAGGCCUGGACAGCAGCCAGUCGUGACUUUUUGCCCUGCGACAUUAACACGCACGUUAGGGUUGCGUUUGGACGUGCGACUACCGCGCAACAGCUGCAAGUUUGUGCCAGCAGGUGCAAGACCUGACUUUAUCUAUCUAUCUAUCUAUCUAUCUAUCUAUCUAUCUAUCUAUCUAUCUAUCUAUCUAUCUAUCUAUCUAUCUAUCUAUCUAUCUAUCUGGCACGUACUGUGAGACUAACACAAACAUAUUUUAAAGUGAUUCAAACUGAUAAACUCUAACACACAGUGUGUGAGAGCUGGUCAGGAUGCAGGUCUCAUUUGCUUGUACGGAGCACAAUCUGAAGAGCCGCAGCGAGGACCGGCUGUGUGGCCUGCGAACUGCCCCUCCACCAGGGGGCAGUAGUGGGGGAGGAGGACAGGGAGGAAACGGCAACUACCCCCCCCAGAGCUCAGUCAAAACACGGCCACUGCCUCAAGGCCACGCCCACAUGAAGGAGGCGUUCGGACGGCACAGUAGCAUGAAAUACAGAAACCUUGGAAAGUCGGGUCUACGUGUUUCUUGCUUGGGUCUUGGCACCUGGGUGACAUUUGGAUCUCAGAUCUCGGACGAGAUGGCAGAGAGUCUGAUGACGAUAGCCUAUGAGAACGGAGUGAAUCUGUUCGACACAGCAGAAGUCUAUGCUUCAGGCAGGGCUGAAAUCACUCUAGGCAACAUCAUCAAGAAGAAAGGCUGGAGACGGUCCAGUUAUGUUGUAACGACUAAGAUCUACUGGGGAGGACAGGCAGAGACAGAGAGAGGCCUGUCUAGGAAACACAUCAUAGAAGGUCUCAGAGGUUCCCUGUCUAGACUACAGCUGGAUUACGUGGAUAUUGUCUUUGCCAACCGAAACGAUGUCAACAGCCCCAUGGAAGAGGUAGUACGUGCGAUGACAUUUGUUAUAAACCAGGGUAUGGCCAUGUACUGGGGCACGUCCCGCUGGAGCGCCAUGGAGAUCAUGGAGGCAUACUCCGUAGCGAGGCAGUUUAACUUAAUCCCACCAGUAUGCGAGCAGGCCGAGUAUCACUAUUUCCAGAGGGAUAAAGUGGAGGUGCAGCUGCCAGAGCUCUACCACAAGAUCGGCGUUGGAGCGAUGACCUGGUCUCCUCUCGCAUGUGGGCUGAUCACAGGAAAAUACAGCGAUGGCGUUCCAGACUGUUCAAGAGCCUCUAUGAAAGGUUACCAGUGGCUGAAGGAGCGAGUGUACAGUGAAGAAGGGCGCAGACAGCUUGCAAAAAUCAAAGAGCUCCACCUGGUGGCUGACAGGCUGGGCUGCACGGCUGCUCAACUCGCCAUUGCAUGGUGUUUGCGCAGUGAAGGGGUUAGUUCUGUACUUCUUGGUGUCUCCAAUACAGACCAGCUUAUUGAGAACCUCGGAGCCAUGCGGGUGCUGUCUCAAAUGACGCCUCAGACUGUGAGCGAGAUGGAUGCUCUCCUGGGCAACAAACCUCACUCCAAGAAAGAGUCACGUGCGUGAGGGAACUAGAGAGAUGACAUGAACAUGUGCAGUCUGAAAAGACAAAGCAAGCAAGGUGGAAAAUACGCAACAUGGCGUACCAUUGCUUUUCUGCUCUCCCGUAUAUUACAACACCUGCAUGCCUUCUGCAACAUGCUUCCGAUACCACACCGCUCUCUCGAACCCUACUCAAAUAUCCCAACAUAACCUACCAAUUAAACAUGGACACGGCUGUCAUCAAAGAAACGCCACGAACAACAACUUUUCCAUUUCCUUAUUCGGAGAGACUAAAGUUUCAGUCUCCCAGGAGGAAGUAAUGCCGAUUGAAGGAGGUGAAUGAGAGUGUCACAAAUCUUCUUUUUCAGCAGGCCCAGACAGAACCGGAACUUUCUUGCAGUUUCCACAGCAGAAUUCCACUGUUUCCACUACGGAAUUCCAGUUUCCACUGCAGAAUUCCAUUGUUUCCACUACGGAAUUCCAGUUUCCACUGCUUCCACUACAGAAUUCCAGUUUCCACUGCAGAAUUCCACUGUUUCCACUACGGAAUUCCAGUUUCCACUACAGAAUUCAAUUGUUUCCACUACGGAAUUCCAGUUUCCACUGCUUCCACAACAGAAUUCCAGUUUCCACUGCAGAAUUCCACUGUUUCCACUACAAAAUUCCUGUUUCCACUACAGAAUUCCAUUGUUUCCACUACGGAAUUCCAGCUUCCACUACAGAAUUCCACUGUUUCCACUACGGAAUUCCAGUUUCCACUGCAGAAAUCCACUGUUUUCACUACGGAAUUCUAGUUUCCACUACGGAAUUCUAGUUUCCACUACAUAAUUCCAUUGUUUCCACUACGGAAUUCCACUGUUUCCACUACAGAAUUCCAGUUUCCACUGCAGAAUUCCACUGUUUCCACUGCAGAAUUCCACUGUUUCCACUACAGAAUUCCAGUUUCCACUGCAGAAUUCCACUGUUUCCACUACAGAAUUCCAGUUUCCACUGCAGAAUUCCACUAUUUCCACUACGGAAUUCCAGUUUCCACUGCAGAAUUCCACUGUUUCCACUACGGAAUACCAGUUUCCACUGCAGAAUUCCACUGUUUCCACUACGGAAUUCCAGUUUCCACUAUCGAAUUCCACUGUUUCCACUACGGAAUUCCAGUUUCCACUGCAGAAAUCCACUGUUUUCACUACGGAAUUCUAGUUUCCACUACAGAAUUCUAGUUUCCACUACAGAAUUCCAGUUUCCACUGCAGAAUUCCACUGUUUCCACAACAGAAUUCCAGUUUCCACUGCAGAAUUCCACUGUUUCCACAACAGAAUUCCAGUUUCCACUGCAGAAUUCGACUGUUUCCACAACAGAAUUCCAGUUUCCACUACGGAAUUCCAGUUUCCCUGGCAGAAUUCCACUGUUUCCACAACAGAAUUCCAGUUUCCACAACAGAAUUCCAUUUUCCACUGCAGAAUUCCACUGUUUCCUCUACGGAAUUCUGCGCAAUGGAUCAAACGUGAUGAAAUGAGUUAAAGGAAGCUAAGAGUGCUACAUUAUUAUUGGCAGCUGGAAACUUUAUCAAAUAUUUAUUAAACCAAGAUGUGCGGGGCGAACGAAGUGUAGCAGUUUCUGAAUCCUGCCGAACUCUGCGCAGAUUCCGCGUGGGCAUGGAUGUGCGGAUGUGUGUUCAAGAAAGUAUGAGCGAGUGUUUGUGUGUAUGCAUGCAGUGACUCUUUCGAUUCCAACUCUCGGUUGCUGGUGUUGCACCCGAGUGACUUGUAAAAAUGGACUUGACGCGAGCGAAGCAGUUUCUGAGGUGCCUGUCCCCGUGUGUUGGGGCGUUGUUCGCUGCCUGUCACAUUUCAUUCUCGCGCUGCAGGAGAGCGUGGCAAAGACUCCGGCGUGUGACGGGAACAACAUGCAGAAACUGCAAACAGCUGUUUGGACACAUCACAAGUCUUCCUCCAUUUCCCUUCCUUUCCAUCUCUCCUUGUGUUUACAACAGUGCACCUGUCCCUUUAAGAGAAUCCGUGCAGUUAUGGGAGGGGCGUGCGAGUGUGUAUACGGUACCUUGCAAACAUAUUUAGACCUUUACCAAUUCACUUGUUUAAAAACAAGUCUUUGAGUCAGUAUUAUUGCUAUUGCCAUGUAUUUUUUAGAAAAAAAACAUAAGCAUGAUGCCUAACACCACCCCACCCCUAAACCUAAC